GUAGCACCACCCGGAGGUCAUUCAUCUAACCACGGAUUAGUGACACAUGCAUGCGGCCGCAUCUCCGCUUCCCGUCCGCUCCUCGACUUGCAGGGCCAAGACCGCUAAAGCGACUAAGCCUCCUUACAACCUCCGCUCAUGUGGUAAUUGUAUGGAUUGGCCCGUGGUGUGAUGCAGUUUCGAUGCUGACAUGGUGCUGAUUGCAGAUUGUACAGAUCGCUUCGUUGUGUCCCUUUGGUGUAGGAAACGCUCGCUCUCGCUCGUGCUGUCAUUGGCUUCGAGCUUGACGCCGUGUGGUAGACAGCUCGACCGGCAUUAUGGCAGUUACCGGGCGAUAGCUGAAUGGUCAAUGUUCAGACCACUUAGACACCGGUGACGGCGCCACGGUAUGGAACAAAAGAACAUCCCCCCACACUGUCUGUCCGCCCGGUCCCCCGCUUCCAGACUCCUUGUCAUGUCACAGGCACCAAGAAACGGGACGAUGGGUGGAGUAUUUCGACCCGAAUCCACAACCACGUUCCAACCCAGAGUGGCUGUACCUGGCAUAUACUUUGAUCUUGCUCAGGAUCACGACUUAUCUCAGCCCCCUGAUACGACAAGUACGUCCCAUACCCAUCCAUUGCCGGAAGCUAUCGGCACACCCUAGAUGAUGUGGUGCAACCGUACCCACCAGGCUUCCGCAUUUACCUCCUCAUGGCGGCAAGGUUUGUGACGUUCGUCUUAUUCAACCCGACAUGCCGAGCACAGCAGUACCUCUUGAUAACCCGGACCCUGGAUUCAGAAUCACAAAGCCACCAUCUUGGCACCAUACACUUUUGGGUCUGUUUUCCUCAAAUUGGACUCGAUGUCCCCCCUUAUCGAGAGGUUGGGUGUGUGGACAGGUGAUCCGAAGAUCUACUCAUUCUCUUCGAUCCCAGAUCAUCUAAUAUCCAUCAUGUCUUCCUCUAAGAGAACUGGCAUGUUCAAGGUCAAGACUCCGUGGUCUACUGGGGAUAGUAAUGUGCCAGAAGGUUCUGGUCCGCAGUCUUUUGUCUUCAGCCUGGACCACCGGCCACGAGCCACAAGGGCAAGCGUACCGAAAGCAAGUAGGUCAUCAUUCGGCAGCCUGUUUGUUCCAACACACCAUGGGCGCCAUAUUGACAACGGUGUGCCUUUUAGGAGACGACAUGUGAAAUGCGACGAGGACAAGCCUGCAUGCCAGCGAUGUUUGAAAUGGCAAGGAUUCUGUGAUGGGUACAAGACAGCCGAACUGGCGCCCCCGAGAGACGACAAACGACAACGGCUGUCUUCCCCAUCAGCCCGGUCUGAGAAGAGCGAUUCGGGGCUUCCCGACAAUUUCGAGGCACUGCAGCUGAGCGACCAGUAUGGCGCGGGAGAAAACUCCUCACAGGAGUCUUCCCAAAACAAUGAAUUUGACGAGCACUGGGAGACAUUUUAUUGUGACUGUUGGUCCAGUCUGGCCAAUAAUCUCGGGGGAGGCUGGUUUUCCUCUCGGUUGUUCACCCAAACAAUCCCACAGAUAAGCCAAGUUGAACCAGCCAUUCGGUAUGCUCUCAUGGCCAUUGGUGCUCUUGCCUGCUCGCUUUUUCCAAACAUUGUUCCAGCAGGGCCCUCAGGAGGGGACGGCAACGAUUAUCACUACAACGCGGCCCUCACGCACUACGGACAAGCAAUCCGACUGAUCCGACUUCAACAGGAGCCAAACUCUGCUUCUACUCUACGUGUGGCAGUUGUUGCUUGCAUUCUCUUUGCGUGCUUUGAGAUUUUGCAUGGGAGCCACGGAGCUGCCGUCAAUCAUAUCAGUUUUGGCAGUCUCAUGCUCACAGGGCAAGCAAGCGUGGGCCAGCUCGAACUAGAAGACGAGAUUCUGCAAGUAUUUGAGAGGAUGGAAUGGUCUGCUUGGUCUAUCGGCCUCAUGACUGGCUCAGUUCAAGUACCCAUCGAAAUCAACAGCAGGCUUUCACUAGACGACAUGCCCACCAAGUUCUCCGGGCUCGGGGAGGCCAGAAGAUGGUGGGACGCGAUCCAGCACUGGACAUUGUACUUCAGCCAAGCCAUGGCUGGGCCAACAUACGCGGAUGGAGACUUUCUGCCCGGGAUCAAGACCAUGCAAUCACAGUGUCUUGGAAUGUUAGAACGGUGGAAUGACAUGUUUUGCCCGCUUUACAAUCCGGCAAGCUCUCCUCGGAAGGGGUCAUCUUAUCUUCAGGCGACGUCUCUGCUUCUCCAGUCUAUCGUGCUUCACGCCUACAUCAACACUUGUGGCUUUCAAGACCACUACGGCACUGAACAGAUCACAUCGCAGUUCAAAGAAAUGGUGCGCCUCUCCGGAGUCCUCUUGGACAACCAACCCGUCUCCAAAGGAUGUAGCGAAAUAUUCACCUUGGACAGCGGGCCGACUUGCGCUCUCUACAUUGCGGCAACCAAAUGCUUGGAUCCCACCAUCCGAGCAGACGCCACCGCCUUGCUCACACAAUACCCACGACGAGACGGCUUCUGGGACAGUCGAGCAGCUCUCGGGAUCCUCGGCCAGGACCUUUCAUCAAGCGGUGAAUAUGGCGGUGCUAUUGAUCCAGCACUUCAGUACCUCGACCAAUGAAGCGGUUUGCUUACCCAAUCAGCCGAAAGAAGAUAUUUUUGUGACGACAUUGGGGGAAGAUUCUUACCGCCCUGCUCAUGUCAGACGGGAGCCCUAUGCUGCAGCCCCGUCACCACUGAGGAUAAUUACCCUAGACGCAACGUGUCAUGUGUGAGGGAUUGGUUGUAGAUACAUUUUGAUACCAUAGAUGUUUUUUGGACAGUUUUGUUCCGUAAUCGACCUUGUAUAUUGCCAUUUUUUCGCGGCUGACCAAGCCAAUAUAUCCGAAAGCUUGUUUUCCUACGGGUGACAAGGGGACAGAUCUUUGUCCGAAGUGUGGGAUCUUGUUGUAUUGGCGGAAGUACAAGGUUCUUUGCGGCAGUAUGCAAGUGUCAUAGCUCAGAUAGAUCAUAGGGGUUGGAUCAAGAUCACAAGCAAGGAAACAACCUGAUUCAGGGUUAGGGUA